AGAGGAUUAUAAAAGAAGCAGGGUCUUCAGCAUUCAAUAGGCGCAUUCAUUCUCCAGCCACGCUGAGGAGAGGCAGCACUUUGAGACUUGGUGAAGAGCUUGUGUGUGGAUCAGCCGUUUCAGCCUGAACUAGAGGUGUGAGCCAGUGACCAGCUGCUCUGCUUCCCUGAUCUUCAGCUUGAACCCGAAUAUCUGCCUCUGGGUCCUUUUAUUUUUCGUGUUACAUUCCAGGUCAGGAAUCUCUGCGAUUAAUUUUCCAAGGGUAAGUGCAGCUUCCAGCAGGAAUCCUCAGAGGCUCUGGCAGGUAAAACUGUCCCCAUUUCCAGAGGAGGAGCAGAGGGCAAGGAACUUGCCCCAGGCAUCUGGACCCAUUAGGCUGUGGGGGUGGAGCCCUACGAACUUUGGCUGCUUGGCUCUCAGCCCAGCCACCCACCCCCAGCUCUCCAGUAACUGGGCACAAACACUUCCUGCAUGGGGCCUCCAGGCCUGUAAAUACUGUGGGCCAGGAGGUGGACACUUCAGGCCCGUGGCCUAGGGAAGCCCAGACACGUAGCAGCAGGUGGAAGAAACUCCUUCUAAAGGCAGAGAGGAAAGUGUCUCCUCUGAGAGAAAAGUGGGGAGAGCAGCUCACCCACAAAGAAAGUUCCAGAGGCAGAACUGAGGUGCCAAGUGGAACAGAAAUUUCACUGAAGGUAUCCUUGAACUUGGCUUCUGGGUACAGGUGGGACACAGCUGUCACCUGAUACCUCUCAGACUUCUCAGGGCACGGGGAGCUCACCUUGCUGUCCCAGCUCUGUCUCUUGUAGACUAUUGCUCCACACUGGGAUGAGCUCCCUGCCCGUGCCCCGGGAGCCCUUGCGCCGAGUGGCUGUGACUGGGGGCACCCACGGAAAUGAGAUGUGUGGCAUCCACCUGAUCCGGCACUGGCUGCAGGCCCCAGGGGAGCUGCAGAGACCCAGCUUCUCAGCCAUGCCAGUUCUGGCCAACCCAGCAGCCACAGCCGCCUGUCGCCGUUACAUGGACCGUGAUCUCAACCGCACUUUCACCUUCACCUUCCUCAGUUCCACAGCCACUCCCAAUGACCCAUAUGAAGUGACAAGAGCACAAGAGUUGAACCAGCUACUGGGCCCCAAGGGCACAGACCAGGCCUUUGACUUCAUCUUAGACCUGCACAACACCACAGCCAACACUGGGGUCUGCCUCAUCUCUGAAGCCUCUCACAGCCCCUUCAACUUGCACCUGUGUCACUACCUACAGCUGCAGAACCCUGGGUUGCCCUGCCGCCUCUUUCAGUAUGAUAUAUCCGGGAGGGAGACCUACAGCGUGGAAUCUGUGUCCAAGGAUGGGAUCUGUCUGGAGCUGGGCCCCCAGCCUCAGGGUGUACUACGGGCCGACCUGUUCUCACAGAUGAGAACUCUGGUGGGGUCCAUUCUGGACUUCAUUGAGCUCUUCAACCAAGGCAUGGCCUUUCCUGCCUUUGAGAUGGACAUCUACAGGACCUUGGGCAGUGUGGACUUCCCACGCACAGCAGACGGCGACCUGACUGGCACUGUGCACCCUCAGCUGCAGGACCACGACUUUGAGCCGUUGAGGCCGGGUGAACCCAUCUUCAAGCUGUUCAGUGGUGAGGACGUGUUAUAUGAGGGGAACUCCAUUGUGUAUCCUGUGUUCAUUAAUGAGGCCGCCUACUAUGAGAAGAACGUGGCUUUCCUGGAAUCUGAGAGGAUCCGGGUCUCGGUGCCUGCCCUGCCUGGACUGACCUCCAGCUCCACCCUGGUUCCCUAACCCAAGUCAUGCCUGCCUGGUCUCAAUCUCACUACCUGAACAAUGGGUCCCAAGGCACAGUUCCAGGCCCAGGGUUCCCUGUCCUACUCUGGGCACCAUGUCCCUUGUCAGACAACUGAUCCCAUGAUAUAAAAUGGAAUGUUCCUAGAA